AUGGCAGACAUCGUAGACCCAAACAACGUACGCGACCCAAACUCAAAGAGCGCAGCGAAGAAGGAAGCCAAACGCCUCGAGAAAGAAGCAAAACUUGCUGCAAAAUCAGCAAAGGCGGUUCCUUCAGCAGAGAAAAAGGUAAAGGCCGUCAAGAAAGAUGACACGGAGGCCCCCUUCGUCAACACAACUCCCAAAGGGGAGAAGAAAGAUCUCUCCGAGCCCAUGGCAGCCGGAUACAACCCCCUCGCUGUCGAAUCAUCUUGGUACGACUGGUGGUCAGCCCAAGGCUUCUUUAAGCCCCAACUAACAGCUGACGGAAAGCCCAAGCCAGAGGGGCAAUUCGUCAUUCCCUGUCCACCGCCCAAUGUCACCGGAAGUUUGCACAUCGGGCACGCGCUGACCGUUGCCAUUCAGGAUGGGCUCAUCCGCUGGAACCGCAUGCUUGGCAAGACCACCUUGUUCGUGCCCGGUUUCGAUCAUGCAGGCAUUUCCACGCAGAGUGUAGUGGAGAAGAGGCUAUACAAGGCGGAGGGAAAGACGAGGCAUGAUUUGGGACGGGAGAGGUUUUUGGAGACUGUCAUGGAUUGGAAAAAUGACUACCAAUCCCGCAUAACAAAUCAGCUCCACCGCCUCGGUGGCUCUUAUGACUGGGACCGCGUAGCCUUUACUAUGGACCCCAAGCUAUCUAAAGCCGUCAUUGAGACCUUCUGCCGCUUGCACGAAGACGGUAUCAUAUACCGCGCCAACCGCCUCGUCAACUGGUGCAUCAAACUCAACACGACGCUUUCCAACCUCGAGGUCGAGCAAAAGCAGCUUACGGGUCGAACACUACUAAACAUCCCGGGCUACGACGCGAAGGAACGGUUCGAGUUUGGUGUCAUCACCAGUUUCGCGUAUCCCAUCGAAGGAUCAGAUGAGAAGAUCAUAGUAGCGACAACUCGUCCCGAGACAAUGCUUGGUGAUACGGCCGUCGCCGUGCACCCAGAUGACCCUCGCUACACCCACCUCCAUGGCAAAUUCGUUGUCCACCCAUUCGUUCCCAACCGUCGCAUUCCUAUCGUAUGUGAUUCCAUCAUAGUAGACAUGGAGUUUGGUACUGGUGCCGUAAAGAUCACUCCUGCACACGACCCGAACGAUUAUGAAGUCGGUGUGCGUCAUAACCUCGAGUUUAUAAACAUUCUGAACGACGAUGGAACGCUCAAUGCCAAUGCCGGUGUGCUCUUUGAAGGCGUGAAGCGGUUUCACGCAAGGAACAAAGUUGUGCAGUUGCUAAAAGAGAAGGGGCUAUUUGUAGAGGUCAAGGACAACCCCAUGCAGAUCCCCAUUUGCAGUAAAUCAGGAGACGUAAUUGAACCAGUGCUCAAGCCUCAGUGGUGGGUAAACUGCAAACCUCUUGCAGAAGAAGCGAUCAAGCGCACAAGAGCUGGCGAACUGCUCAUAACCCCCAAACAGUCCGAGAACGAUUGGUAUCGCUGGCUAGAAGGCAUUCAAGACUGGUGUAUCUCUCGUCAACUCUGGUGGGGCCACCGGUGCCCUGCUUACUUUGUUCGCAUUGAGGGUAAAGACCAGGAAGCCAACGAUGGUAAGAACUGGGUUGUAGGUCGUACCAAGGAGGAAGCCACGGAACGUGCCAAAGUUUUGGCUGCAGGUGCACCCUUUGUGCUAGAACAAGACGAGGACGUCCUUGAUACAUGGUUCUCUUCUGGUUUGUGGCCCUUCUCCAUCAUGGGUUGGCCCGACAAGACUCCCGACCUCGAGACGUUCUACCCCUGCACACUCCUUGAAACAGGGUGGGAUAUCCUCUUCUUCUGGGUAGCCCGCAUGGUCCUCCUUGGUAUCCACCUCACUGGUAAAGUACCCUUCAACGAGGUCCUCUGCCACGCCAUGAUUCGCGACGCGCACGGACGCAAAAUGUCCAAGUCCCUCGGGAACGUCAUCGACCCCAUCGACGUCAUCCAGGGACUACCUCUCGAAGACCUUCACCAAAAACUGUACGAAGGCAACUUGGACGAAAAGGAGAUCGUCAAAGCUAAAGCGGGGCAGAAGAAGGAUUUCCCGAAGGGAAUACCCCAGUGCGGUACCGACGCUCUACGGUUCGCGCUCUGUGCGUACUCUGGGGGAGGGAGGGAUAUCAAUUUGGAGAUUUUGAGGGUAGAGGGGUACCGUAAGUUCUGCAACAAGAUCUUCAACGCCACCAAGUUUGCGAUGUUGAAGCUGGAUGGGGAGUUUGUGCCAGAGCCAAUCGCAAAACCAACAGGGAAUGAGAGCCUCGUGGAAAAGUGGAUCUUCCACAAGCUCAACAUUGCCGCUAUUGAGAUCAACCAGUGCCUCGCUGACCGGAACUUCAUGGCUGCCACCAAUGCCGUCUACAAUUUCUGGCUAUACGAGCUGUGUGACGUCUACAUCGAAGCAAUGAAACCCAUGACCGACGAAUCAGCUUCACCUGCUACCCGCAAAUCCGCUCAGCAGACGCUCUACACAUGCCUAGACUAUGGUUUGCGUCUCUUGCAUCCUUUCAUGCCAUUCGUGACAGAAGAGCUCUGGCAACGCUUGCCAAGGCGAGCAAACGAUUCUACGCCAUCUAUCAUGCUGGCAUCAUACCCCAUCUCGGAUUCUGAUUUCGUAUUCGAAGACGCAGAAAAGAAAUUCGAUCUCGUCUUCUCGACCCUCAAAGCUGGCCGCUCACUCGCUGCUUCGUAUAACUUGCAAACAGAUAUCCAAUUCUUCAUCCACGCACAAGCAGACCACGAGGCCGAACUCUUCCAAUCCCAACUCUCCACCAUCGUAGCCCUCACCAAGGGCUGCAAGAGCGCAGAAGUCGUACGCCAGCUGAACGAGAUCCCCACUGGCUGCGGUGGUGGUGUCGUCACAUCAUCCAUCGCCAUUCAUACCCUUGUCCGAGGUCUCGUCGACCUCGACCUAGAAAUCUCAAAAUGCGAGAAAAAACUAGACCUUGCUCGCCUCAACUUGCAGAAGAUUGUCAAAGUGGAAUCUCAGCCUGAUUAUACCGAGACUGUUCCUGAGAACGUGAGAGCUGCCAAUGAUGACAAGAAAAAGACGAUAGAAGCGGAGAUUGCGACGCUGGAACUUUCAAAAUCCAUGUUUACUGAGUUGAAAUAG